GUUAGACUAGGAGCAAGUCAGACUGGGAUUCAGUCUUCACGUCUUGGAUCUGGACCCCUCAUCUCCAUCUGUCCCUUGCUUUCCUCACAUAUUCGGUUGAUUUGGGAACCCAGGGGCGGGGGACACACACAAGCUGAAGCCAUGGAAGAUAAAGAAAAGAAGAGCAAGAAAAGAGGAGUCACCGUGUGCGGCUACCCGCUCAGCAUCUUUUUCAUCGUGGUCAACGAGUUCUGCGAGCGGUUCUCCUACUAUGGCAUGCGAGCUGUACUGGUGUUGUACUUCAAGUACUUCUUGAAGUGGGAUGACGACUUCUCCACAACCAUCUACCACACCUUCGUGGCUCUCUGCUACCUGUCUCCCAUCCUGGGGGCCAUCGUUGCCGACUCAUGGCUCGGAAAGUUCAAGACCAUUGUUUACCUGUCCAUCGUUUACGCGGCGGGUCAGGUCGUCAUGGCCGUCAGUGCCAUCCAUGACAUCACGGAUGGAAACAAGGACGGCACCCCUGACAACAUGGCCUUCCAUAUUGCUCUGUCCAUGGUGGGCUUGCUCCUCAUUGCCCUGGGAACUGGAGGCAUCAAACCCUGUGUGGCUGCUUUUGGAGGGGACCAGUUCAGCGAAGAUCAGGAGAAGCAGAGAAGCACCUUCUUUUCCAUCUUCUACCUGUCCAUCAACGCGGGCAGCCUGCUCUCCACCGUCAUCACCCCCAUCCUCAGAGCUCAGAAAUGCGGCAUUCACACAAAGCAGCAGUGCUACCCGCUGGCCUUUGGAGUCCCCGCAGCUCUCAUGGUGGUCGCCCUGAUCGUCUUCAUUCUGGGAAGCAGUAUGUACAACAAGACGGCUCCAUCGGGCAACAUCAUGGUGAAAGUCUGCAAAUGCAUCUUUUUUGCUAUCAAGAACCGGUUUAGGCAUCGUUCUUCCGCGUACCCUAAGAGGGAACACUGGAUGGACUGGGCCGAGGAGAAAUAUGACAAACUCCUGAUUGCCCAGGUGAAGAUGGUGUUGAAGGUGCUGUUCCUCUACAUUCCCUUGCCCAUGUUCUGGGCUCUCUUUGACCAACAGGGCUCAAGGUGGACUCUCCAGGCCACAACCAUGGACGGUAACUUUGGUUUGAUGGUAAUCCAGCCUGACCAAAUGCAGACUGUCAACCCAAUCCUGAUCCUGAUCAUGGUCCCGGUCGUGGACUUCAUCAUCUACCCGCUCAUUUCUAAAUGCAAACUGAACUUCACUCCAUUGAGGAAAAUGACUGUGGGGAUGUUCCUUGCGGCCCUUGCUUUUGUGGCCGCUGCCCUGGUUCAGCUACAGAUUGAUGCCACCCUUCCUACUUUCCCAUCGAGCAAUGAGCAGCAAGCUAAGUUCAUCAACAUGGUUAACAGAAACUUGAGUAUCGGAGCUGGACAAGAGAAUUUCUAUUUGGGGGCUUUUGAGGGCAGACAGGAUUAUCUGACAUAUACGGAACCGUUUCCCCUGACAAUAAAUUCUGGUUCCCCCAAUCUAAUCAGUUUACCAGAUGGCACGCGCAACACCAUCGUCAUUGUUGAAGAAGGUCCCGUAUUCGGGCAUAUAACUUUCCAGGAUAUCGUCGCAAAGCCAGAGGAGGGCGCCAACGCUAUCAGAUUUUUCAACGGUUAUGGCUCCGUUUUGAAUAUAACCGUAGGUGACCAAGAGUACGGGGACAUUGUACCCAAUAACAUGUCCAUAUUCAUCAAUGUGCCACAGGGGACAGGCAAGUUCUCCAUCAAGAAUAAUGGCGGGAUUGAAUGUGUCUUCAGUCGAAAGUUUGGCUUUGGCAGUUCCUACACUUUCCUCAUCCCACCGAACUUCGUAUUUGGAGAAAAUUGUGGAGAGAGCAUCAAGGAGGUCGAGAACAUCAAGCCCAACUCCAUCCACAUGGCCUGGCAGAUCCCUCAGUACUUCCUCAUGACCUCAGGAGAGGUGGUCUUCUCCGUCACAGGGUUGGAGUUCUCCUAUUCGCAGGCCCCGUCCAACAUGAAGUCGGUGCUGCAGGCUGGUUGGCUGCUAACUGUUGCAGUAGGAAACAUCAUUGUGCUGAUUGUUGCAGAGGCUGCCACACUUCCAGAUCAGUGGGCUGAAUACAUCCUCUUUUCCUCUUUGCUGGUGUUGGUGUGCAUAAUCUUUGCCAUCAUGGCCUAUUUCUAUACGUACACCGAUCCGGCCAAGAUAGAGGCCCUUUUCGCCAACCCGGAGCCUGAAGAUAAGGAGAAGAAGAACUUGGAAAUGACCAAGAAGGACAUGGCUGAGAAACAUGAGAGAAGGAGUUCUGAUACCAGCUCUGAUGAGGAGGAUGGCAAACAGACCAACUUCUAAAUCAAGACCUCUUCCGGGCGUUACGAAUACGAAAGUUGCAGGACUCUGUUGGUCAUGUCUAAGAAUGUCUGUGAAUGUCUGUCCCUUUUCAUCACAGAAACCGGGAGUUAGACUGGAGGUAUGACCAGAUUGGGAUGGGGAAUCUGAAGCUGGUGGAGAAAAGCAAAUGAUCAGCGCUAGUGUAGGAUUUUAUUAGGACCAGUCUCCAGAUCCCAGCCUAAAAUCUAAAGAGAACACGCUAUUUUGACGAAGAUGCAUGUGCUGACUGUAAUUUCUGACCAGUCUUUUGUGCAAUUCACUCAAAAACAUUCCAAUGUUUGUAUUUAUUUCCAAACACAGUAUUGUAUGUAUAUUAAACUGUUGAUCUUUCAUAGUUGGCUAGAAAUGCUCCAC